AGCUGCGCCCGCUCCUCCGCCAGGCGUUCGGGCUCGCGCCGCAGCCUCUCCAGCCCCGAGCCGCUCAACUCCCGGAGGUAGCGGCCCACAUCGGGCCGCUCGCGCCACUGGGCCUCGGGGAAGCGGUCCCGGAACAGCGACGCCAGGAGCCCUUCAUCCUCCACCUCGCCGAGAGCCGCUGCCGUGGCCGUGGCCGUGGCCGAGGCCGUGGCCGACGAUGGGAUAGUCGCCGCGGUCGCCAUCUUCCCAGCAACAACGUCACUUCCCCUCCGGACCACAGGGGGCGCUGACUUCGAACUUAGGACAGGAAGAAACAGGCACAUUUCCGGUCUCUAUGUUUUCUCAUCCGACCGGCUUGCUUUCCCCGGCGGUCGUCCAGACUAUUGGGUGCUAGCGAGAGGAACUAUUGGUACGGGGCUAGAGAGGAAGGCUUUGGGGUUGCUGGGGAGCAGCGAGCGACCUACUUCCGUUUCCAGUUACCAAGGCACGAGGAUCCGGUGUUCCAACCCAGGGGGAAAAAUGCGGCCUUUGACUGAAGAGGAGACCCGUGUCAUGUUUGAGAAGAUCGCGAAAUACAUUGGGGAGAAUCUUCAGCUGCUGGUGGACCGGCCCGAUGGCACCUACUGUUUCCGUCUGCACAACGACCGGGUGUACUAUGUGAGUGAGAAGAUUAUGAAGCUGGCCGCCAAUAUUUCCGGGGACAAGCUGGUGUCGCUGGGGACCUGCUUUGGAAAAUUCACUAAAACCCACAAGUUUCGGUUGCACGUCACAGCUCUGGAUUACCUUGCACCUUAUGCCAAGUAUAAAGUUUGGAUAAAACCUGGUGCAGAGCAGUCCUUCCUCUAUGGGAACCAUGUGUUGAAAUCUGGUCUGGGUCGAAUCACUGAAAAUACUUCUCAGUACCAGGGCGUGGUGGUGUACUCCAUGGCAGACAUCCCUUUGGGUUUUGGGGUGGCAGCAAAAUCUACACAAGACUGCAGAAAAGUAGACCCCAUGGCGAUUGUGGUAUUUCAUCAAGCAGACAUUGGGGAAUAUGUGCGGCAUGAAGAGACGUUGACUUAAAACGAAGUCAUUCCAAGGACAGAUGGCUGUAUGGAAAGGCCGACCUUUGUUUCCUGUGUUUGUGUGGACUCCACCAUCAUGUUGAAUUUUGUCAACACUCUGACCUCUUCAGGGACUUACUUACUGUACUCUCUAUCACUGACAAACGCAGGCUGGAUUCUUAUUAUAUAUAGAGAUGGCUCAAAAAUGGGGUUUCAGAUCUUUGUGUUUGUGAUGAAAUAGAAUACUGUUUCAUAUUUGAAUCAGAGGGCUUCUUGUUCUGAGAAAUAGGUUCAAAAUCAUUGGAACUAGGAACAAGAAUAGCUUAUUGUUAUCUGCGAUAACACUUUGUUUUCUAAACACAAGAAUUUUCUUUUUAAUUAAUAUGCAACAUAGACAUUGCCAUAACAGAAUAAUAAAUCACAUGCGGGGUUUUAAAAAUGAAAUUUGGCUAAUAAGAGCAAUUCAGCUAUUUUUCUAUACAGUAAUUGGUGUGUAGUAUGGAAGAAAAACGGAUUCAAACCCCACUUCUGCCACCUACCAGCUAUAUGGCCUUGAAUGAGUCAUUUAGCUUUAAUAAGGUUCAUUUUCUUCUGUUUAAAAAGACACAAAACUUAAAAAACAGCUUUGGCCAUCUACCUGAGAAUUAGAAAUUCUGAUUUUUGGAAUUAGAAAUCAUGAUUGUAGGCUGGGCACAGUGGCUCACGCCUGUAAUCCCAGCACUUUGGGAGGCCAAGGCAGACGGAUCACUUAAGGUUAGGAGUUUGAGACCAGCCUGGCCAACAUGAUGAAACCCCAUCUCUACUAAAAAAAAAAAAAAAAAUUAGCCAGCUGUGGUGGCACAUGGCUGUGUCUAGUUACUUAGGAGGCUGAGGCAGGGGAAUGGCUUGAACUGGGGAAGCAGAGGUUGCAGUGAGCCGAGAUGGUGCCAUUGCACUCCAGCCUGGGCGCGACAGAGUGAGACUCCGUCUGAUUGUAAAGCAUCUAGUACAGUGUACAGUGCCUUGGAAAUGACAGGUAUGGAAUAAAUGGUUAAGAAUUAUUUUUAUAUUAUAUAUAUUAUGUAUUCCUGUUAUUAAGUGUAGAGUUUUAUGAGUAUAAUUUGAUUAUAUUACCUUCUUUUUUACAAGCUGUUUUCUCAGUAUUUUUCUUGGAUGGGAUGAUCCUAGGCUGGAAAGUUUUUUUCAUCACUAUAAUUUUAUAAAACAUAAUUUUUUCUAUGAACCUUUACUUACUUGACUGGAUUGGACUAAAAGCACUGAUCAGAGACCGCAACAUAAAAAUUCAGUCCCUUUGUCCUUCCCCGUGCCUCCCAAAGUUAUUUUAAGAUCCUUAGAAUAUUUCUUUAAUAUUUUAUAGACAAAAAAUUUAAAGACUACCUGUAUUGCAAAAUUAAACUAUUUCUUUAAUGAAUAUAUUGCUUAUUUUAAGUUCCAAAGGUGAAGUCUUAAGAAUAAAACAUUACCAACUCCUGCUUUUAUAUGUAAGCAAA